AUGCAGUGGGACAAGAUUGAGUUUUUUUCCCUCCCAUCCUCAUAUACACCCUCCGCAACAGGCGGUUUCCGCGUGUGCGAUGACAACGACAAGAGAGCUUCUCUGCGCUCGAGGGGGCAUUCCGAAGACAAGCUGAAGACGGUCGACAGGCGUCCUCCACCCAAAGCCCAGCGAACGUCAGCAUUCGUUUCGCUCGUCUCUCCCCCAAUUCCAAUGUCCCUCCGCCUUACUCUUGAAUUUAUACCCAGCAACCACAAUUGCCGACCCAAAUGUCUCUUCCGCUCCCACUGCGCCUCGUCUCAUACACUUUCUCCCUCUACCUCCCGUGCCCGCGCAUGCGUUUCCCUCUCCCAACCAUGCCGCAAUCGUGCACCCUUCCCAAAAUGGCAAGUGGCGCGCCACCGAGCGAAAAACUACAAUGCCACUAAGAACCACGACACAUAUGGCGACCGUAUCCCGCACUGA